AUGGCGCCUCCUCCCAAAGGAGACGACACCGUCAGCGUCGUUGAGUCGUUGGACGUGAAGUCGUCUGUGUCAGGGAGCGACACGUCCGUCAAAUCUGCGCCGAAGCCACUUCCAAUUCUUUUGAGCAUCGCUCUUUUUCUCUUACUUCUUGCAUCCGGCGGCGGCUUGACUACGUCUGCUCUUCAAUUUCGACCCUCGAGAUCGGGGAAGAGGGACUGUCUUACCCAAAGCUUUAUGCUUUUCGCUUCUAUGAUUUCGCCCAUGUACUUCGUGUUACACAUACUCGUGUCCUUUCGCAACCUCCAGUUCGUGAAGAGGCAGCCUCUUCAGUCGCCUUUGGUGUCAUGGGCCAUCAUCCUCGCCCGUCUGGCACUGUUGUUUUGGAUCCCAGCUGUCAUCUUGUCCUCCGCCGCCAUCGCGCACUACCCUGGGUUUUUGGUUGAGAGCCCCAUCACGGAGCUGAACUUCGCCGUAGCUGUUGUUGGCAUUCUCAGCGCCAUCAUACUCAUCCUCGCUCUGGAAGUUGCAGCGCAUCCCUUCGAGUUGCCCUGCUUCCAACGCCGAAGUACCGUCACCCUUGUUAUCGACGAGUCUGAGAAAAAAGAUGACGAAAAGGAAGAGCAGGCUGAGGAGGAGGAGGAGGCCAAGGCUCCCAGCCAGCCACCAAGUCGCAGCCAGACUCCCCCAACAUUCUACUACUUCCCUGCCAAUCAUAGACACACUGUCCCAACAUCUGUCCGCGCCAAGCUGGUUCGCAAAGGCAGCAACUCUAGGAGGCGCAUCAUAACCCAGGAUGGCCAGGCACUUCCCAUCGUGGCGUAUCCCCACCCAGACUCACUCGGCAUCAUGCUCCCCCUUCCCGAGCCGCUGCCACCGUUACCUGAGCUGGAACAAACGAACGUCAAACCCAAAGCCAAGGUAACCCAGGAGCAUCCCGACAUAUUGGUUCCGGGAAAAGAGCACCCGGCGGACACAAGUAAACCGUGCCCACCUCCGCCGGGUACUGCUUGGGCUAAAGACUGGGAGCAACUAGCUGUUGACGCAGGGGUGAGACGGAACGGCUCGGUCAGCGAUUACGGGACGGAGGCGACUGAUGAGCGGUCAGAGGUGUCAAAUGGCCCUACAUUGAAGCCACCUCUGCCUUCCAUCAUCGUCUCGCAUAGCCCCGAGCCUGUUUAA